AUGGAGACAAUUAUACAUGAUAUGGAGAACCAUAAGGUUCAAAAUGACCAUGGAGUUAUGCUAGAGCAAGAUACUGCAGAAAAGUAUCUUGACGUGAUUAUUGCAUCAGCUUUCUCACAGAGCGAAACAGAUGAAGCAUUGUUGUUAACCGGGUUAGGACAUUUAUCGGAAUUGGCUGCAACCGAUCUGUGGAAGCCAAGAAUUACGGAUGAAUUAAUCAGUCGAUUAUAUGGUCUUAUCAUUUCUACUCAAAGUAAAGACCUGAUCACUCUGCACGCAUCACUGUCAGUUCUUACUCUACUAAGUGAAAACUUGGUGUUACAUCCGCCCUCAUCACAAAUUUCCUUAACUGUGCUGUGUUCAGUUCUACACUCUGGUCCAGAUCUUUUAGAACAGUUUGUUUGCCUUUUAAAGACAUAUGAGAAUAAUCCAACUACAGGUCAGGAAAUCAUUAAAUACCUAUGUCUUCAUGUUGAAUGCAUCCUCCAAUGGGUUUCAGAAGGCGACAAGACUGCAGUGACAUUUGUAGCAAGAACUAACAUGAUGCUUGAGGAUGUGGGAGUUCUUAACGAAUUGUCUUGUCUGUUGUAUGCGCAUGAGCACAAUAAGGAUCUAGUAGGUUCCAUUGAACAGUUUCUGGUCCAGUUGAAACGCUUAAAAGGAGCAGUAAAAGACUUGCCUAAUAAUGAAUAUGAUUUAGAAGCGACUGAUGUGGUAAAGGAAUUGAUACACAAACUUUUUGACGUCUAUGAAAUCACCCAGGAGAGGUUUAUGAAAUCAAAUGAAGAGUACACUGAUUUGGACGGCCUAACAGUGUUGCAACUGCUUAACAUCCGAUUUAUCUUAAGACAAAACGAUCUAACAUUCAAAAAAGCUUACACAGAACAACUUAUGUUCGAAGAAUAUCCUUUACCACUCUUGAAAACUGUUGCCCGUUUAUCCGUAAUUGUUUGGGAUUACUUCGAAAUGUCAAACUUGAAAUUAGGCUCAAAGGUUCACAAGAUGCACUUCAUAUUUUUCACUAAAGAAAUCAUUGCCGUGCUUCUUGGUACUAUGGUGACGCUAUGGGAUAAGUCCAGGAGUGAAACUGAAGAAGAUUUUGAAUCUUUGCUUGAACUUAUUAAAAUACUGAUUCAUAAGGCAGAUAAGAUAUGCCGCACAAAACACGAUUCUUUUGUUGAAACAUUCGUUGAGGUAUGUGAGACAUUUACGUACGAAGAUUUAAGACAGCUGCAGGUAGCAGAAUGGAGAGAAAAACAGUUCAAUGACUGGGCAGAAGAUAUUAGUAGCUUUGAUGAGAUUUUACAAAACCAAGUGCAGGAAUUUGUACGCUACCAAAGACUUUUAUUGAUGCAGAAGGGUACAUGGGUGUACUCAGAGAACCCAAUUGAAGCAAAGGAUAAAUUACCAAAGGUUUCAUUUAUUGCAUUAUCAGAUAAUCAGAUGAAUUUAUUGAUAAAAGAAUUCAAACAUAAGGUGGAAAAGACACCCACUGUUGAAGAUAAUGAAAUAGUGACCAUCGAUCACUCUGCCAUGGUAAAUAACAAAACUACUGUCAUUCCGUUAAAGAAUAUUAUAAACAUUCAAAGUAGGCAAAUUGAACUCGAUAGAAAGCUUCCUGAAGGUGUUAGAUUGAUUAAUAUUCUUCAGAACACAAUUUAUAGAGAAGUUACCACCUUUGACAGAAACGGGAAAAUUUUAUCUGCAUUUUACUUGGAGAGUACAGAGAGCUUCUACACCUGGUUGGAUGGUUUACAAUUAUUAUCACAAAGUAAACACGCCAAAUUAUCACCAGAAACUGAGAAACAAAUCGAUACAUUAAUAAAAUUAAGAAGGAACGUCCAACUUGCUGCUCUUGAUGAUAAAUUUAGAGAUGAUGAGUCACUGGAAUCCUUCUCAGAGGAGGAAACGGAUGACUUUUAUUACAAUCCAGAAACUCUAAAGCAACUCUCGAUGGGUAUAUAUUACGAAUGA